AUGGUUGUUUCCGGUUUUGCCCUUCCUCUUGUGUACAGACCCAGGCUUCUGUUGUGUGGGAUCGAGGGCGCUGGGCUGGAUCAUUUGGGACCUUCUAUUUUACAUGAACUGGAAAAAUUUCCUGUUCAUGCCCUUGGACUUUCUUCUCUUUUAUCUGAUCCGAUUCAUCUUUGGUGGGAAAAUGCACAUGAUCAACUCAGGGCUGUGCUAUUGACUUUAUUAGCAGAAUUGCCAUCAGAUUCCCCCAUAUUACUUCUUGGAACUUCAUUUGUUCAGCUUGAUGAGCUUGAUGGGGAUCCCUCUUCUGUAUUCCCUUCUAGUAGCAUAUAUCAGGUGGAUAAACCAAUAACGGAGGAUAGAAGUUUGUUUUUUGAUCAUUUGAUUGAAGCUGCUUUUUCAAUACCAUCAGAGGGAGGGGCAAAAAAGUCAAAAAAAUCAGCUGCUGUUCCUGAACUCAGCAAGGCACCAAAGGUGGACACUGGCCCAAAAGUGUCUGAAUUAAAAGCUAAAGCAGAGGCUGAAGGUCAUGCUCUUAGGAGAUUACGAAUGUGCCUACGUGAUGUUUGCAAUAGGGUUUUGUAUGAUAAAAGGUUCAGUGCGUUUCACUAUCCAGUGUUGGAAGAGGAUGCCCCUGACUAUCAUGCAGUUAUUCAGAAGCCUAUGGACAUGGCUACCCUUCUACAACGUGUUGAUGCUGGCAAAUACAUAACUUGCAAAGCCUUUUUGGAAGAUUUUGAUCUCAUUUUAGCAAACGCAAAGAUAUAUAAUAGGGACGAUUACAAUGGAGCUAGGAUUGUCAGUAGAGCUUAUGAACUUCGAGAUUCAGUGCAUGGGAUGCUAUCGCAGAUGGACCCCGCAUUGGUGAGUUAUUGUGAAAAAAUAGCUGAAAAUGGGGGCCCACUCACUCUGCCUGAAGAAAUUGGUGGAUCUGUUCAUGUUGCUCAAAUGGCAACAACAACUAUGACAAGGGCAAGUGCUCGUCUAAGGAAUGUCCAGCCAGAAGUCAAUGUGGAUCAAAGCUAUGAAGUCAUAGCACUCAAACGACCAAAGAAAAUUCUUGAUCCUUCACAUCCAGGUUUUACACCCGAUGAAGGAUCUCAACAACAAGAACAACCGGUUGUCGAUCAAGCCGAUCCAAAACCUGCAAGCCCACCUCCCGAAUCCAUCGAAGUCGACACAAAUCCUGACGAAAUUAGCGAGUCAAAGUCAAAGUCAAAGUCAACAGACACAAUCAUGUCAGAUGUUGAAACCGAAACCAAAAUCGAGUCGAUUAAAAAGCUUUUAUUGGAUCGAACAACCGAUUACGGGGUCCCACAGCUGGAAAGGCUGUAUACGCAAAUAGUAAAAGGUGUUUUUGGGUUGAAAAUUGUUGAUCAGGAUGAUUUUAAGCCUCCGGUUUUGGAGUUUUUGUUGGGGUUUGUUGAAAACGAGGCUAAUUUUUGAAGGGAUUUGAUUUUGUUUUCUUCUUUUAAGGUUGAUAGAUUUUUUUUUCUUUUUAAAAAGUUUUAAAGGAUUUUGGUAGAAUCUAAAUUUGAACUUUGGUUAUUGGGGGAGACUACUAGAUGAUGUUGGUA